GCACAUGCGCAGAAAGGUAUGGAGGGUGCAUGGAUUGCCUCUUUAAAAUAAACUUCGCGGAUCUGCAUAAUGUGUCUCUUCUGUCUGAAAUUGUAACAUCUCCCAGAAAUCCAUGAAUAAGUGAUAAAUUCUUCAUUAUAUACUUUCAAAGUCCUCUCAGUUUUCUAAUAUAUUUGAAAAUAACGUAUAUUCGAAAAUGUCAUGUGUAGAAAGAAACUUCUUAAAAGAGCACAUACCUACUCCACACAACAGAAAAACCUCAUAUCAACUCGCCCAACAAAAACACCUCAUGUAUGUGAGCUUGGUAAAAGUCGCCAAAAGUAGCCAAAUCCCGUGUGCACCAGGUACUAGGAUUAAACCACUACGGUUACUUUUAAAUGCACAAUGUGAUGUAAUCAGGAAGUGAAGUAUGUAAUAAAGUAUUUCUCGAUAACUCUAGUUUUGAGGUUCAUAUGCUUAGCCUCAUUUAAACGAACAUAUUCACACAGGAAAGGAUGUCAUCUGUUUGAGACAUGUAACCAGUCAUUUACUCAAAAAGGUGUUGGUGUUGGUGUGUGUAUUUUAAUUAUGGCAAAGCACACUAGGGCUAUCUGCCUAAAGGGAGUGAUGCCGUCGUGGAGGACUUUCUAAGGGAAACUGGCUCAUAUACAUGUUACACAUGGGGAAAACCACGAAAGCGCCCAUGCAGCCAGCCCGUUCGCGGGUACUCAAAAAGGAAUUUAAAUGAACAUAUGCUUACUCACACAGGAAAGAAACCUCAUGUUUGAGAGGUACGUAACAAGUCAUUUGUUCGAACUAGUUUUUUUAACACCCAUAUGCUUAUUCGCACAGGAGAGAAACCUCAUGUGUGUAAGAUAUGUAAUAAGUCUUUUACUGGAAAAAGGCAUUUAAAAACCCAUAUGCUUAAUCACACAGGAAAGAAACCUCAUGUGUGUGAGGUAUGUAAUAAGUCAUUUUCUCGUAAAACUUACUUAAAAAGCCAUAUGCUUAUUCACACAGAAAAGAAGCCUUUGUGUGGGGUAUAUAACAAGUCAUUUGAUGGAACUAGUUAUUUAAAAACCCAUAUGCUUAUUCACAUUGGAGAGAAACCUCAUGCGUGUGAGGUAUGUAAGAAGUCAUUUGUUCGAAGUAGUUCUUUGAAAAGCCAUAUUCUUAUUCACACAGGAGAGAAACCUUAUGCUUGUGAGGAAUGUAACAGGUCAUUUAGUCAAAGAGCUCAUUUAAACGAGCAUAUACUUAUUCACACAGGAAAGAAACCUCAUGUGUGUGAGGUAUGUAACAAGUCCUUUACUCAAAAAGGUAAUUUGAACAGACAUAUGCUUAAUCACACAGGCGAAAGACCUCAUGUGUGUGAGAUAUGUAAUAAGUCUUUUACUGGAAAAAGCCAUUUAAAAACCCAUAUGAUUAUUCACACAGGAAAGAAACCUCAUGUGUGUGAGGUAUGUAAUAAGUCAUUUUCUCGUAAAACUUAUUUAAAAGACCAUAUGCUUAUUCACACAGAAAACAAGCCUUUGUGUGAAGUAUGUAACAAGUCCUUUGUUGGAACUAGUUAUUUAAAAACCCAUAUGCUUAUUCACACAGGAGAGAAACCGUGUGUGUGUGAGGUAUGUAACAAGUCAUUUGUUGCAACUAGUUAUUUAAAAACCCAUAUGCUUAUUCACAUAGGAGAGAAACGUCAUGCGUGUGAGGUAUGUAAGAAGUCGUUUAUUCGAAGUAGUUCUUUAAAAAGCCAUAUGCUUAUUCACACAGGAGAGAAACCUCAUGUGUGUGAGGUAUGUAAUAAGUCAUUUGUUGAAAAGUCGUGUUUAAACAAUCAUAUGCUUAUUCACACAGGAGAGAAACCUUAUGCUUGUGAGGAAUGUAACAGGUCAUUUACUCAAAAAGCUCAUUUAAACAAGCAUAUACUUAUUCACACAGGAAAGAAAUCUCUCGUGUGUGAGGUAUGUAACAAGUCCUUUACUCAAAAAGGUAAUUUAAACAGACAUAUACGUAUUCACACAGGAAAGAAACCUCUUGUGUGUGAGGUAUGUAACAAGUCCUUUACUCAAAAAGGUAAUUUAAACAGACAUAGGCUUAAUCAUACAGGAGAGAGACCUCAUGUGUGUGACAUAUGUAAUAAGUCAUUUCCUCAAAAAGGUCAUUUAAACAAACAUGUACUUAUUCACACAGGAGAGAAACCUCAUGUUUGUGAGGUAUGUAAUAAGUCAUUUAGUCUAAAAGGGAAUUUAAAAAAGCAUAUACUUAUUCACACUGGAGAAACUCCAUGAGUUACAUGUGUAAGAAAUCACUUGAAUGAUAAAAAAAUUGAAAGAUGCAUGUCUACAGACAAUAAAAAGUUAAUGUCUUUUAUAGAAAGUUAGAUUAAUAAGAAACUUUACUUAUGUGUGCAGUAAUGACUUGUCUGUGCCAUGAAGAUUGUCUUUGUAUGAGGUGUGUUUACUUGUUCUUUCAUCUCAAGUCUUAAUAAAUGAUUUAUUUGUUUUCACAAGAGGAAAACCUCAUGUUUGCGAGGUAUGUCACAAGUCAUUUUAAAACAUACCCUAUUCAAAGUAGCAUUUUCCUUGUCUUAGUAUUUAAUUAGUAAUGAAAGGUUUAAAAGAGCUUAUUUGAACAGUGAAAAGUUAGAGACUGAAUCAGGAAUAUUUAUUGAUGCAACAUUCCUCCUAUUCAGGUAAUGUCUUGGAAUGUUUGAAAGCUUGAAAUAUUGAACAUUUUCAUUUGAAUGGAAAUUUCAUUACAUUUUGCACUCUAAUUGCAUUUUUGUAUGCAGUAUCUUCUUGAGGGAAGGAAACUUUCAUGACGUAUAUAUUACAAGAAAAUGACUCCUGUUCAUGUGACUCAUAUAUCAUACUCAAAUAUCUCAUGCAGCUAGCCUGCUUACCAGGGUUUAAAAUACCAUGCACUUUAGUCUUAUCCACUUGACUUCUAAUGAAUGUUAAUUAUGAAAGAUGGUAAUAGUUUUUCUUAAUGUGAAAAUUUUGUGUUCAUUAUAUAGAAGGUUUCUUAGUUUACUGUGCUUGAGAAUCUUUAGAUGAAAUUACUAUUACAUGAUGUAUCAUUGUUUUUUCUUCAUAUUAAAACUGAUUUAGAAACUGCA